AUGGGUGCUGAAUCAGUCUCCUUACAGGAGCGUCUUGAGCGAUGGGCUCAAAGACUACAAAAUCUUACUGUCUCUCCCCUCACAAGAGAUUACCCCGACAAUCACAAGCAAGAGCUUCCCAAGAGAGCAAUUGAAGCCUUUGAGUCAAUCAAGCUCUCUCAAGGGACCCAAUCAGCCUUAGAGAAGAUCUCUGGAUCCUCCUCGAGCUUCACUGUCUUCCUCACUGCUUUCGUUGUUCUCGUUGCGCGUUUGACUGGUGACGAGGACAUUGCCAUCGGUACCAGUUCCAAUGACGAUGGCCGCCCUUUCGUCCUCAGAGUCCCAAUUGGAGCCUCAGAGACCUUUCUCCAACUAUAUGCCAAGGUCAAGAAGGCUUUCGAAGAAGGAGCUUCCGAGAUCGUACCUUUGGGCAGUUUAAGAGACCAUAUCCAGAAAAAGUCUGGCUCUGAGCGCGCUCCUAUCCUCUUUCGUUUCGCUGCCUAUGAUGCCCCUGCUGCCUCCCAAGAUUAUCCCGCCAAUACCUUCGAGACGACCGACCUAGUUGUCAACAUCGCCCCAGUUAAUGCAUCGGAUGGUUCGACGCCACAGGCCGAGCUGGGAGCAUACUACAACCAAAGGCUGUUUUCGAGUGCGAGAAUCUCUAUUAUAUUGAAGCAGCUGGCCAAGCUUGUGGAGAAUGCAACCAGCAACCCGGAACAGUCCAUCGGCCGUAUCGAUUUCAUGACCGAGGACCAGCAGGCACUGCUCCCUGAUCCCAAGGCUGAUUUGCAUUGGUCCAAGUUCCGUGGUGCGAUCCACGAGAUCUUCGCCGCCAAUGCUGAGAAGCAUCCCGAAAAGCUUUGUGUGGUAGAGACCAAGUCGGAGCGCUCUUCUCACCGGGAAUUCACGUACCGACAGAUCAAUGAGGCGUCCAACAUCCUGGGUCAUCACUUGGUUCAGUCUGGUGUUGAGAGAGGCGAGGUUGUCAUGGUCUACGCUUACCGUGGUGUCGACUUGGUGGUUGCAGUGAUGGGUAUUCUCAAGGCUGGUGCAACCUUCUCCGUUAUUGAUCCAGCAUAUCCUCCGGAAAGACAGUGCAUCUACCUGGAUGUUGCUCGCCCGCGCGCAUUGAUCAAUAUCGAAAAGGCUACGAAGGAUGCCGGUGAGCUGUCUGACGAAGUCCGCUCAUUCAUCGACAAGAAUUUGCAGCUUCGUACUGAGGUUCCCGCGCUCGCACUUCGCGAUGAUGGCACCCUUGAAGGCGGGUUGGUCAACGGACAGGAUGUUCUGGCCAACCAGGUGCCUCUGAAGGCUCAAUCUGUCGGCGUCGUGGUCGGUCCCGAUUCUACCCCCACUUUGUCGUUCACCUCCGGCUCCGAGGGCAGGCCCAAGGGUGUCAGAGGUCGUCAUUUCUCCCUGGCAUACUACUUCCCAUGGAUGUCUGAGACUUUCAAGCUCAACCCCGAUGAUCGUUUCACCAUGCUGAGUGGUAUUGCUCACGAUCCGAUCCAGAGAGAUAUCUUCACCCCUCUCUUCCUGGGUGCUCAACUUCUGGUCCCUGCUCGGGAAGACAUUCAGAACGAGAAGCUCGCCGAAUGGAUGCGCGAGCACGGCGCUACUGUCACUCACCUUACCCCCGCCAUGGGUCAGAUUCUGGUUGGUGGUGCAUCGGCCCAAUUCCCCAAGCUUCACCAUGCUUUCUUUGUGGGUGAUAUUCUCAUCAAGAGAGACUGUCGCUCUCUUCAAGGGUUGGCUCCCAACGUCAACAUUGUCAACAUGUACGGCACGACCGAGACGCAACGUGCCGUCAGUUACUUUGAAAUCCCCAGCUACUCCAGCGACGAGGGCUACCUGGAUACCAUGAAGGAUGUCAUCCCAGCCGGACGGGGUAUGCUCGACGUGCAGAUGUUGGUUGUCAACCGCUUCGAGCCCAAUCGCAUUUGCGCGAUUGGUGAAGUGGGUGAGAUCUAUGUCCGUGCUGGUGGCCUUGCGGAGGGCUAUCUCGGUUCCCCCGAAUUGAACGAGAAGAAGUUCUUGACCAACUGGUUCGUUGACCCUCAAACCUGGACUGAGAAGGACAAGGCCGAGUCACAGGGCUCAAAUGAGCCUUGGAGGGAGUUCUACUUUGGGCCGAGAGAUCGCCUUUAUCGUAGUGGAGAUCUUGGCCGAUACACUCCCACUGGUGAAGUCGAAUGCUCUGGCCGUGCAGACGAUCAGGUCAAGAUUCGCGGCUUCCGUAUCGAACUGGGAGAAAUUGACACCCACCUCUCUCGUCACCCGCUGGUUAGAGAAAAUGUCACUCUGGUUCGUCGUGACAAGUUCGAGGAGCGCACACUGGUCAGCUAUUUCGUGCCAGAUAUGAGCAAGUGGGCCUCAUGGCUGCAGGAGAAGGGUCUCGAAGACGAUGACUCUGCUGAGGGAAUGGUUGGCAUGCUCAGGCGAUUCCGCCCUCUUCGCGACGACAUUCGGGAGCACCUGCGCAGCAAACUCGCCAGCUACGCUGUGCCGACUGUCUUCAUCCCUCUUAAGCGCAUGCCGCUGAACCCCAACGGCAAGAUCGACAAGCCUGCACUGCCCUUCCCUGAUACUGCGGAGCUCAGUGCUGCCGCUCCUCGGCGCAGGUCUUCUGUGGCACAAGCCCUCAGCGAGACGGAACAAGCUCUGGCUGCCAUUUGGGCUCAGCGCAUUCCCAACUUGACCGCUCGUAUGAUUGGUCCCGACGACUCUUUCUUCGAUCUAGGUGGCCACAGUAUCCUGGCUCAGCAGAUGUUCUUCGACAUCCGCCGCAAGUGGCGCGAGAUCGACGUCAGCAUGAACUCCAUCUUCCGCAGCCCUACCCUCCGGGGUUUCGCUGCUGAGAUUGACCGUCUACUGAACCUCGAGUCGUUUGCUAGCAACGAUGACCGUAAGACCGCCGCUGCAGAGCCUGCGGCCCCUGCUGAACUCGAUGACGAAUACUCGAAGGAUGCCCGCAAGUUGGCAGAGACGCUGCCUGCUUCGUUCCCCACCCGCACCGAGCCCAUUCUUGCGUCUGAGCCCACCAUCUUCCUUACCGGUGCCACCGGUUUCUUGGGUGCCCAUAUCCUUCGCGAUCUCCUAACCCGCAAGUCCCCUCAGGCGAAGGUCGUGGCCCUGGUGCGCGGCAAAACCGACGAGCAGGCGCUUGGCCGUAUUCGCUCUACCUGCCAGGCCUACGGUUUCUGGGAUGAGGCCUGGACCAGCCGGCUGCAGUGCGUGUGCGGUAACCUCGGCGAGCCUCGCUUCGGUUUCUCCGAUGCUCUCUGGGAUGACUUGACCAAGCGUGUGGAUGCCGUCAUUCACAACGGUGCUCUGGUCCACUGGGUGUACCCCUACUCGACCCUCAAGCCUGCCAACGUGCUGGGUACCAUUGACGCUCUGAAGCUCUGUGCUAGUGGCAAACCCAAGCAAUUCUCCUUCGUCAGUUCGACCAGCACUCUCGACAGCGACCACUACGUCCUGGAAUCCGAGCGGAUCGUCGCGGAGGGUGGAGCCGGUAUCAGCGAGGCAGACGACCUCGAGGGCAGCAGCGUCGGCCUUGGAACUGGUUACGGCCAGAGCAAGUGGGCGGGUGAAUACCUUGUGCGGGAAGCCGGCCGCCGCGGUCUCAAGGGUACCGUCGUGCGCCCCGGAUACGUCCUCGGUGAUUCUCAGACCGGAACCACCAACACCGACGACUUCCUCAUUCGCAUGCUCAAGGGCUGUAUCCAGCUCUCCGCCCGCCCUAACAUCAACAACACCGUCAACAUGGUCCCCGUCGACCACGUCGCCCGCGUUGUCAUCGCCGCCGCCUUCCAGCCCCCUUGCACACCCAUCGGCGUGGCGCAAGUCACCGGUCACCCCCGCCUCCGCUUCAACCAGUUCCUGGGUGCUCUGCAGCUUUACGGCUAUGAAGUGCCUCAGAUCGAUUACGUCCCCUGGUCUAAGGCCUUGGAGCAAUACGUCAACGAUGGCCAGCACGAUGACCCCGAGUCUCAGCACGCCUUGAUGCCCCUCUAUCACUUUGUCACUUCCGACCUUCCCUCCAACACCAAGGCUCCUGAACUUGACGACGUCAAUGCCGCUGCCUCCUUGCGCGCCGACGCCGCCUGGUCCGGCAUCGAUACCUCUGCCGGAGCGGGUGUCACCGAGGAAUUGGUCGGUCUGUACGCGUCGUACCUCGUUGCUACCGGAUUCCUGCCUCCUCCUACAGCUGCCGGCGCUCGCCCUCUGCCAACUGCCCAGUUGACGGAGGAUCAGAAGAAGGCGUUGGCGAGUGUCGGUGGCCGUGGUGGUGCUUCAUAAAAAAGAUUACUUGGUUUGUCUUGUAUGUUAGCGUUUUGUAUAUUCGGGGGGAGUUUUCAAAAGUUUUCAUGGAUCUAUG